UUGCGUGUUUUGUGUUUAGUCGUGGGUGCGAACGGUGCUUUUGCAUGUAGGUGAUCUUGGAGUCUUCGACAUCCAAAAAACUGUUUUAAAUAUUGUUUUGUUUUGUAUUUAUGACAUUAUUGUGUGCCCUAUAAAACUUCGGUAUGUGUUCAAUAAAUAUAAUUCGUUAUAGUGAAAGGUGAUGAUCGUGGUUUGGUGUUCGACUUUUCAUCUAGGAGAUAAUAAUGGUAAGGAUGGUGAACAGUAGUUCUUUCGAUUCGCUGGGGGCUCGAAACGCUAAACGGGAACAAUUUACGCAGCCGGCUAAACGGGAUGACCACCGUCAAACGACAGGCAGUCCCGUUGAAGCAGAAGGCGCAUGUUCUCGGGAUGAUGAUGGUUUUCUGAUGUUGCACACUCGAACUAGCACUGAUAACAGCACCACCACGAACACCACGUCGCACCAGGCCAUAGAACCUACCGCUUCCCGAACCGAAAUACAAAGCAACAUUAUUUACGAAAACAACGAAAAAAGUAACACCUUUUUUGGCGCUCAGGAACAUACGGUAGCAACUGGAGAAGAUGAUAUCAUGAAACGUUCGAGUUUGUGCUGUAGCGUGCCUCUAGAACGUAUUAAAGACGUCCUUCAAAAGAUCAAUAACAUUAGCGAGAAGAAAACUCAGAAGAGACUCUUAUGCCUCUACUGUGAUAGGACGUUUGUAACGGCUAAUCUCAGGCAGAAACAUGUGGAUCGAUUUCAUCUGUUGGGCCGUCGAAGAAGAUCCAGCGUGCGCCAGCAACAACGGACCUCCGAAUCCAUUUGUAUAUACUGCGAGAAGUUCGAUGAAGAAGCAUUUACAUUGAAGAAGCUCUUCGUUCAUCUCGUUACCACUCAUUGUGCCAAGUAUUUCGGUUGUUUGCAGUGCGAAAUUCGAUUUCCUAGUCGCGUAUCUCUCGAAGAACAUUCUAUCGAAAGACACAAUUCCGUCAAAUCUGGCGUAGUGGCCAUUCCGAUAGAAAGUCAACCCUCUGCUGUUGUAGUGAAAGUGAUUAACCCUAGCGACUGUGCCGAUCAACAACAGGAUAUUGAAAUAAAGAAGAAGCAAGUGAUUAUCAAAACUAAUAACUCCAAGAACAAAAAACGGCCCAUCAUCAGUACAAAGGUAGCUUCUAAAUGUAUAAAUCGACGUUUAACUCGCCAGCAAUCGAAAAUGUUGAGCACUUCUCGGAAGAUUAAAGAACCAAUCCCAAAAAACACCAAGGAAGUGGUUAUGAGUAAAAUAAAGACUAAGUCUACAUAUUCCACGCAAGUGCGUCAGUACCCCAAUGUUGAUUUCGUCUUCAAGUACAAAAAAAUUACCGACCAUUCCAUCGAUAAUUUGCGUAUCGGCUCUCUAACAUUCGAGGACGUCGUGUUCGAUAAGGCCUUCUUUAACAAAGUCAAAUGUAAUAUACAAGAUAACCUGCUCAACUACAUCGACGGGAAAUUACUAUUUAGAAAUCUUACUUUAGAAAACAGGAUAUCGAGUUUUGAAGUUCCGCUUCAUAUGGAUCUAGAAAAUACGCUUUCUGCUGAGCAGCUUCUUUUGGAUGUAUACCUUGACAACGUUACCCCUGUGACCGCGAUACUUUCUUCGGCCCUUAAAGAAGAAAACGACCAACCUAUAGAAAAAUCGAGAAAAAAGACCAACUUAAAAAAUGACGAAGUUCAUUACAAAUAUUUUACCAGAAGAAAAUAUCAGGCCAUAUUGUCGGAAAGCAGGGAGCGUAGGGACCUUUCCAAACUCGACAUGUGGACUCAACUUGCAAUAAAAGAUCGUCAGAGUAAAAUUGUAAAUGACCAAAGGACGACAAAGGAAAAGAUAGAAUAUGCGAAGAGCGAGGAAUAUAGGACAAAGUUGCAAGUGGAAGAAUUAGAUAGAAUUCUUGAUCGGAGAGCGCCGUACGAAAAUUUGAAAGAGGAGGCCUUGAGAACAUCUGUAAUGCAAAAAUUGGAUGGCAGUCAUGAUGAAGACUAUUUAGAACGCUAUCUGGACGUUCAAGCGGUGCUUAUGGAUAUUUUAGAUAAAGUUUACGAAGAAACCGAAUCUUGUAAAACAUCAGAAGAUCAAUGCAGGAAUUUAGAAUUAAUCUCGAAACAAAAUAUUACUGCAUCUCUCGAUAUUAAAACGCGAGACAAUAGUAACGAAAUUCCACUGUAUCUCAAUUUGGAAAGAAAAAAGGAACCAUCUCCACUAGUGUCUUCGGAACUCGGUAACAGUUUUAUCGAAGACAAUUUUCCGGUUGUAAAAGUGACUCAAGAUAGGCGCCUAGUAGAAUUGACAGGCGAAUGGACGCGUACAAAAAUUUACGUGUGUGCUGCUUGCGGCUUGAAGAUACCGAGUUUGAAGCAGUUGAUAGAUCAUAAAAACCUAUUUCAUGCAAGUGUGUGGUGUCAACAUUACGAAUUUGUGGGAAGUCAGAGCGAGCUCUACCACCACCUGAGUAUACCAGGUCUCGGGAAGGUGGGUCGUGUCGAAAGUUCGUCGGACGCGAAAAUUUGGCGUAGAAGCGAGGCACGAGUGUGUAGCAAGUGUGAUAAACGGGCAAACUGUUUGGGACAAUUACAUCGUCAUAUACUCGAAUGUGGUGGCGAUGAGUCGUGGGCAAACGAACGUAAAAAAAGCAAGUAUCGAUACGGGUCAAAAUCCAGACGGCGAAGGAAAGGCCUUAUAAAGCUUAUCCGUUUUGAAAGGAAAGAAAGGAAACCAUCGGAUAAACGAAAAUUACGAAGAAGGUUUAGUGGACCAAGGUCAAAACCUAGUGAUGCUGAAAGUAUCGAACGCAUGUUGGCCAAUCUUCCGCCGAAAAGAACCGUUCGUAAAAUUGUUUCGCUUAAAGACGGACUCACCCGGAAAAGAAACAAAAAAUUAACGAACGAUGCGGCUAUUUCGCCCAAAACGAAAACGAAUCCUAGUAAAUCUGGAAUGCAAAGUAAUGUAACAAACGAGAAAAACAAUUGCAACUUUACAAAUCCAGAGCCGUUAUUAGUAACGGACAAAACGGAAAGCCGAAUUCGUGUACAGCGCAAAUCGCUUAAAGAAAUCGCGUCGAAAAACAAAAAAAGUGUUCUAGGAGAACAAAAGACUGAAAUUACUAACGUAGCCAAUAAUAAGGAAAGCUUAGUAGAAAAUAAAUUAGAUAAAAGAAAGUCUUUGUUAGUUGAAAAUAACAAAAUUGCCACCGUUUCGUGUAAAUCCAAUAUUAGUAAAAGUAAAUCUGCGUCUCUCACGAAGGGUAAAGUUGUAGCUACCAGUAAGGGACCUUCUAAGGUUGUAUCGACAAAACUACAGAAAACAAAUCUGUCUAAGAACGAGAGUAAUGAUAAGAGUGAGAUCAAAAAUGCGACAUUGAAAAUCGACCAAAUCGAAAGCACACCGAAAUACCUUAAGAAAAACGAAUCCGGUUUUAAAUUUAAAAAUUGUACGAAAAAGACUAAAGCUACUGCCAAUAAAAAAUUACAGCCCAAUUCUUCUAAUGGAGGCGGUAAAGUUGUUAAUUUCGGGCAAAAAAUAAGAAAGAACAAACCGCCGUUUCCGCAGAAACUGACAGCUCCCGUGAAAGAAGUAGAAAGCUUGGAUAAGUCCGAAAUCACUAAAAAAGAACCGUCCAUUCGAAGCUUGAUAAACAAAAUUUUCCCUAAUUUAAAAAGAAAAAGCAAGACCAUCAACGGACAUGUAGCUAAAAGGUUCAAAAGGUCCGCAAUGGAUUCCGUGUCUAAACGAAAUGUAACCGAGCCUCUAAGCAAAGUAAGAGCUCAAAAAACUACCGUUAGAAAAACCAACAGGAAGGUGAGGAAGCCUGCUUACGAUUCAAAUUUUAUUAUUGGCACUAGUAACCAAAAAUCUGAACCGAUUGUUGUUGAUAACGCUGAACUUGAAGAUAAAAUUCCUCCAGUUCUUUCUCAAAAAAUGUCACCUCCAGUUCCUUGUGUAGAUGAAAUUCCGGUAACUUCUCAGGUGUUUUUUGAUACUAAAGAACUCACAAAUUGUGUUAGCGUGAAUGUGGAAAGAGAAAUUAACGAUGAUCUAGAAAAGGGUCCAACUGAAGGAGAUACGGCUCCCACGUCCUCUGCAAUCGACGAAAUAAAAAUAGAAAAAAAUAGUAGCAACGACACGGAAACUCGAGAAUGUGCCAUCAUUUUCAAAAAUGCGAGUUCCGGCAAAUUAACGGAAAAUAAGAAAGAAAAUUCGUGCGAUUUUAAGGCAAAGCUAUCCGUUAAUACCAUUAAUAUUUUUUCUGACCAAAUUCCUCAUCAAAAUGGAACAAUAGUUGCUAAAAAGAGAGAAAGAAGAAGAUCGAGAAAUAUCAACAAUUGCAUAGCGUUACUAAAAAGCAAAUUACAAGUCGACAGCGAAAGCACUACUUCGAUUUUUUCAGACUUAACUGCAUCGAAAGGUGGUGUAGAUCUAGCACCCCCUAAUGGCAAUAUUUGUGAAAAAACUUUUAAUGAAAAUCUUCCUAUUCUUCCUAUAACAAAUGCUCUAAGUGAUAAAGAAUAUGCCGCUUCAGAAGAAAAAGUUAAUGAAAGCAACAAAGAUAACUUAAUCAGUUAUAAUAUUAAUGAAACGGCUGAACUGAUUGACGUAGGAUUUGAAAAGGUGUCCGAAAUUAAAGAAGAUUCUGUAAUAGAAAAUUUGCCGAAAGAAAUUGCGAAAUUAAAUAUUCAAAGGGCUGCUACAAAUAAACGGAUCGCACGUAAAUCUUUAUCAAAAAGAAGAUCUGAAAAUAUGAAAAGUAUUCAUCAAAGGAAAAUGAAGAUGUCGUUGUUGGAAAAUAGCGAAGAAAAUUGUGCACAUGGUGUUUCGAAAAAUAGCGAGUAUGAAAACAAAAACUCCGAAACAAGUUGUACGACAGAGGCUACUCGAAACAGAGAUAAACAGCGGAGAAGUACCAGAAUUAAAAAAAUCCGAACACAAAUAAAUGAAUUGGAAAGUUCGUAUUCUUCAAGUGAUUCUCAAGAAGAACGAAGAAGUGAAGAAACCUUGAAUUCCACAGUUAAUAAUUGUCAGGUGGAAAACGAAAGUACAUUAGAAAAUUAUGAAACACGUAAACCUGAAAGUAUAAAUUCAGAAAAUUCUAUUUUGCAAAAUUGUUUAGAAAAUUUAAUCAAGAAAAGUGAAGACUGGGUUUUAAAUGAUAAUAUAGAAAAGUCUUUAUCAAAUGGGAAUAUUACUUUUCAAAAUUCUGUUCAACUUAAUACAAAUUUAAAUCUUCAGCAUGAUAGUAAAACGAAUAAUGUGGAACGCACUAAUGCAGGUAAUAGUAAUAAUAAAAUUGAAGCCACCCUGGAAUCUGAAUCGGUUAAAAAUUCAACAAAUAUUGUAGAUGAUAACAGUACGAAGUUUGAAGAAAAUACAGAGUCAGUAAGGGUAGGUUCUGAUAGUAGCAACAUGUUGACGCAAGUUCAAGGAGAACAUAAACGGUUAAAAAGGACUUUCAAGUCAAAGUCUAGAUCUAAAAAAGACUUACCACUGCCCGAAGUAAUUGAACCUAAUAAAAUCAUUAACGGCGAAAAAUUGCAUGACGGUUUUGCAACAACUGUAACAGGGAGAGAUCCAUUUGCUUUAGAAACUGCUUCGCUACCUGGAAGCGUUGCUAAUACGCUUGCCACAGCUGAUCCGUGUUCACAUUUCGGAAUAAAUCCAAAAAUAAACUUGAAGAAUAGAUCUACACGGAAGCGAUGUGUGAGGAAAUUUCGAAAAAUUUCAACAGAAACAAACAACUCAAUGCAAAAUAACGUAUUGAAGGAAACUAACGCCUGUGAUGAAAAAUUAAUAGAAAGUUCAACGGAAAACUUAAUGAAUAGAAAUUGUGUUUCUAUUUUUGAAAAAGAGGAAACGGAGGAAUCAAGCAAAAACAUGAUGGAAGAACCUGUACCAGAAGCAAAAAUGAUUUCCCGCAAUGAUAGCAGUAACAGUGAAGAUGAUGAUGUUCCUAUUAUCGAUUUGAUAAUCAACAAAAAUAGACGUCAUAGUAUUAGCGAUCUUAGCCAUAAAGGAGAUGAAAAUUUAAAUGUUUUUACGAGCCUAAAGUCCGAGGAAUCGCUAGUCCAAACUUCUGUGUCCGAUUCUGAAGACGAUUUACCGUUAUCUUUGCUUGUAAAAAAGAUAGAUAAAAAGCAGGAGCCAACAAACGAGAACGUUACCAACAAAUUAAUCGAAAUCGAUAACGCUGAAGUUGGAAACAGUCUAAAUCAAAUAGAAAUCAGUAAAAUUGACGAAUCAGUAAUUAAACAGGACGAAAUGGCCGAGUUACCAGUCAAAAAUGAAACGGAUGAAAUAAAAACAGAAAAUAACGAAAUUUUGGAGAACGAAAACGUACAAAAGGAGACAGAGGCUGAUAAGGAAAAUGAAAGACUAUUUGGAAGUUCGGUUCAACAAAAGCAUAAACCUGCUAAAAGUAAAAAACGAAAAAGACCGGAUAAAACCAAAAUUAAAAUAUCAAUAAUAAACGAAGAAACUAUUGACGUUAUUUCUAAAGUCGAAAACCAUAAACAUACUAAUAGUGACGAUAAGAGCGAUCAUAUUGGAAAGAUCGAAGAUUCCAGUAAAAUAUCAAUAAGUAUUACAAGUACUAAUACUUUGAAGCCGGUUCAAGUUCAAAGCGAAAUCGAUGGUAGGAAGGAAGAGUAUCCCGAAGAAAUUACAAAUACCAACGAAUUUCAUGACGGCUUGGACCGAAAAAGAAAUAAAUUAUCAAGAAAAAUAUUCCCGACAGUUUUAAACGAAAAUUUAAUUAAACCUCACACAAAUGGUGUUUUUGAAAUCGGAAAUUCAACUGUAACAAGUAAAGAAAAACGGCAUCAUAACAGAGGUAACCGUAAAACGAAGAAAUCCAAUAAGGAAAGGACGAAAACUCAUUUAACAAUAAGUAUAAAAGAAGCUCCGUAUCUUAACAAGAUCAAAAUAUGUAAAAAGGAAACUAGAACUGAACAAAGUCCUGAUUAUCCACGGAUUACGAAUAAUUUACAAUUGGAUUUCAGUAAUUUUGAAUCGGAUCAUUCGUCGAAAAACGAAUAUAUUGUUUCUCCCACAGGAUCUAAAAGGAAUUCCAUAAACAGUGAAUCCGAAUUAACAGAAGUCUUAAAAGAUAAUAAAAUUAGUUUUGAACUAAUAGAAGACGGUAGAUCUCCCGUAGAACAACUAAUACAACAAGACGACGUUGUUCAUCAUUUUGGUGUUCAAAACAAAAACGAAUCUGAAAGAAAAUCAGAAACUGACCAAGAUGACAAGAUCUUGACGUCGAAACAGAAAAACUCAGGAAAUGUUUCCUGCGAAAUAUGUAUGAAAACAUUUAGACGAUCGGAUAGUUUGACAAAACAUCGACUUACAUUAACGCAUAUUGCUAAGUUAUCAGAACUGGAAGCGGAGGGAAAUUCCCAAAGCAAAGAAGAAACUGAAAAUAUUGAAACAGAUGAAGUGCCUGGGUCAAAAGAUGAUUUGAAUGAAAUCGGUGAAGAUAAAUUCGAUACGUCCAAAUUGAUGGCAGACUUCGAAGAUAAACUGAAAAGGUUCGGCAGCAACGACGAUGAUUUGAUACUAGACCUAAUUGAAUUAAAAAAUAAUAGCCAAAACCAUUGCCAAACAAACAUUGUACAGGAAAAGAAAUCAUCCUUGUGUGUUCCUCCUCUUAAUCUAAAUAAUGAUCUAAAGCAAAGUUCUUGCCUUGAUAGCAACCUAAAACAAUAUUCUCCAGUACCCAGUAUUAAAUGCAGUAUUUACCUUGCUUCUGACGGCAAUGAAACAAUUCGCGAAAAAUUAGACAAGCCGAGACUAAGAAUUUCAAGCGCCCUUUUCGCAAAAGAGGAUACGAAACAGAUCAAUUUUACUAAAAAUGUAGCUGAAAAUAGUUGCUCGAUAAAGAGCAAAUUAGACGAUCAAACAUCUAGAAAGGUGCUGAAUCACGAUGAAGAAUUAUUCUUAGAAUGUUGCAGUUUAUUAAAAAGUGGUUCGGAAAUAUCUGGACCACCAAAAGUGGCUGUGAAUUCUGCCGAUACUUUAUUCAGAAAGGUAAAUUUCCAAUCUACACUUGCGAGUGACUCCAAAAAGGAAAUACAAGAAAAUAGAAGAACUCAUUCGGUGAAUUCCUAUUUUUCUUCAUCUGUGCCAUCUUACGACAGCGAUUUUUCGAAUAUGAAUUUAGAAUCCAAUCAAAUGUCUCACAAUAAUUCUAUUCUCCAUCCAAAUAAAAAUAACAACACUGUAGACGAGUUAAAUGAAUACUCGGAUAUGGAGGUUGACAAUUCUCUAGAUUCAUUCCCAAAUGGCAAUACGACAGUUUCUCGAAUCUAUGAAAACAGAAUUGUUUCCGGACCUGAUGAUUAUGAUGAUAAUUUAAAUGAUUUCGACAUUAAAGAUGAAAGCGUUAAUGCUCUUAAUAAUCCAUCUGCAAAAGAAAAAGAUAUUUUCUUUGCCAACAGUUUGUCGUUUAGUGAUAAUAAUUUAAAAAACGAGAGCGAUCAUGUCUCAAGAAGCAGCGCGAAAGACGACAACGAACAAGACUCGCAAUCAGGUGUCGAAGAAAAUACCAAUUCCGAUCUUCGUAACAAAGUCAUAUCAAGAUUUGGAAAUUUAAUGGUAAAGGCCCUCAGAAACCGCUACAAAACUGCUACUAACAACACCAUUAAAAGAAAAAGACAACAUUUCGAUCUGUCAAAUUCUUCGUUAAUUGAAAAUCAAACGUCCAUCGUAAACGGAUCUUUAAAAUCGACUUCUAAAAGGAUUCUUACAAAAGGUGCCAUGAAAACUUUUGAGAAAGUAGAAAUUAAUAAUUCAUUUGAAAAUUCCGAAAAUUCAUCUUUGAAACCUUUUAAAGAAAAUUGCGAAGAACCUAAUCGAAACAGUCGCGACUUUGGUAAUAGCGACUUCGCUAAAGGGAAGUUUUCCGAUUUUGAUCAAACGAACGAGAACACUUUCGAUUUUGGUUGUUGGAGUUCCGCGUCGUAUGAUGUUUAUGAAUUUGAGGAAACUCAAGAUAACAGCAUGUUUACCAAAAACCUUUCGUCCUUUAGACACUUCAAAACUAUCAAAUCAGAUGUCGUCCUUAAAAAAGACGAUUCAAAAAAUGACUCUGUAAUGUCAAUCAAAGGCGAGUCCGACACAUCUCGAACCUCACCCACUAGCACAAAAUUAAAAUCUAACAAGAUAAUCACGAAAAAGAAGUGCAAAAUUAUGGGAAAGAUUUUUAAAAAUACUUGUAAAUCAAAUGCAGGCAGUAUUAAAUGCAUUUCUUUGACUGAUGACAAUGACGAUAUAAUCGAAGAUCCUCCGAAAUCACCUGUAAUUGAACAAAUACAACAGCCUCAAGAGGAUGACCUUAAAAGGAAUCACAAAAUGACACCAGAAGAAAUGGACAUGCUGUUUAACAGAUUGGUCGGUGUUAAAGAUGUUUCCUUGGAGGAAUUAAAAGAAGUCGAUUUAAAUAACUCUGAAGAUAAUUUGGACAAUUUCGAUAUUCCCAAAGAUAAAAAAGUUAAAAAAGCUCCUCAAAAGAUCAAAAGGAAAAGAAGGCGAAAACGGAACUCUGAAAAUUCUACAGACGAAGAAUUCAACAUCAACAGAACUUAUAAAAAGAAAGGGAAAAAUGAAGUCAGCGAAAGCGGGAUAAAUUUGGAACAAGAAUUGAAAGAAUGUAUUGGCGUUGCAAGUAGAAAAAGUCAAAGGAAAUGCACUAGUGGCAAACAAAAUGUUUUAGUUGAGUACUGGAGCUCCGACGAUUCCAUGACCGAAAUGUUAUUGAAAAAAUCUUUAGAAGAAUCUAAGUCUGCAGAAGAUAAGACGAAAAUUAUCAAAAAUGGUGAUGAACAAGCAGUGUUUAGAAGAAAAAAUAGUGAAGACAGCAGAGUAGCUGAUGUUAAAUUUAAUUAUGAAGAUCCUCCAAACCAGUUAAUAAACAUUGAUAAAUUGAAACAAAAUGAUAAGAGUGAGGAGGAGUCGGAAAAUAAUUCUCUAAAUCAUAUAAAAAAUGAAUGUGAUAAUAGUACCUCUGAAAGUUUAGGAAAUAACAAAAAUUGGUCUCAGAAUUCUGUCGAAACGGACUGUAUGAUAAAAAACAAAUGUAACAUCGCUAAUAGUGAAUGGCAGUCUUCCCUAAAUAAAAGCACCAAUGUAUCACUUAAUUUGGACGUUUCAAUUGUAGAUGGAAAACAGAAAAAGAGUCAGAAGAACGUUUCUUCUCAUCAACAGGACAACAACCAUAAGAAACAUUUCAAUAAAUAUAAGAGGCGAAAAGGUUCCAAGAAAAUUCUUCAAUCAGAAAACGUAAAAAAGCGUGUCAGGUCAUCAGAAAACUCAGAGACCAUAGCAAAAACUAGACAAAAACGAUCUAAUGUGGAUACAUUGUAUUAUUGGUCCAGUUCUAGUGAAGACGAACAUGAUGUUAUAAAAGUGCAAACCUAUAGAGAUGAAUUAGACUAUUCUAACGAGGAUCGACCGUUACAGCACGGAUGGAUAGUAGGUGAUUCCCCUAAAAAGCUAGUGACAAUGUUAGCGCAGGCUAAGGGUAAAAAGGUGGACAUACACUGUGUUAAAGAGCAGCGGAGGUGAAGUCAGUAGUGCAUUUAUUGUCUGUUAAUUUUUUUUAUUUAGCAUAACAAAAGUUAUAUGUUUGAAACAUUAUAUUAGUGAAGUGAUAACUAGUUUUCGUUUGUUGGUACCUCACCCUCAUCACGAAGAUCUUUACAGUUUUUCAUUUGUUUAAAAAUGUAAAAAAAAUAACGUAAGCUAUAUAUU